ACAAACUGGAAAACGGACAGCGAUAAAUUCCUUGAAGUCACAUUAUAUUUGAGGAAGAUGGGAUUAGGAUUCGUUUUUCCAGGAUACGCGGAAAUCUUCAACGGGCAAGAGUGGAACUGACCAGCAAUUUGAUUUUACAUUUCAAAGAAUAUGCAAUCUAUGCGUUAUUUUUCGUAGUCUAGGAUUUUAAUUAUCAAACCUAUACAAAAUCGAGCCUUUGAUUAAAUCAGUAAUUAAUUACGGACUACUAUUUGGGAAAACAGGAUGUCGUCUUACAGUUUCGUGAUCACACUGAUUAUUGUGGUAGCAUGGGAAGCGCACGGAAAACCGCACACUCUCCCAUCACCGGCAACGCAGCUAAAUUCAACAUCAACCGUUCACAACGAUGAACCAUUACAUAAUAUCACAGACAAAACAACGUUUGGGUCACGAAUUUCUACGAUCUUGAGAGAUCUUCCAACCCUCAAAAAUAUUGUCAUUUUCAUCUGCGUAUUAUCGACUUUGCUCAUCACAUGCCUCGUCAUUAAAGUGUACAGAACUGGGAAAAAGAUCAGAAAAACACGAAAGUAUGAUAUAAUUACAACUCCUGCUGAAAGAGUGGAAAUGGCUCCUUUAAAUGAAGAGAAUGAAGAUGAUGAUGAUUCAACCCUGUUUGAUGUCAAAUACAGGUGAAUGCUGUCAUUUGUGAAGGUUGGUCACUGUUCAUGUAAGUUCCUUGGUAUCCCCACUCAAAGCGCCUAAUGAGAACAGAAACCUGAAUGGGAUAUCUGCAGUUUCCUUUCUUUCCCGUGCUCUUUUUUUCAGUGGUUGAAUAAGGACUUGUCAUGAUGGAUGAUGAUGUUUUGAAUUAGCACCUGCAUGACAUCCAGUUCCAAGUCAAUUUUUGUCAUUGCAUACAGUUUUGGUUGUGUUUGGUCGUUGCCAUAAAAACAAUGAAGUGACAUAAUUUAGUGGAAGUACCUGCACACUCAUGUGGCCGAGACAACACCAAAUGAGCUGUACUCAACAUUCACUCCAUGGACAUGUUCCUUUUAAUGGAAAUCUUUUUUAUGAAAUGAGGAUUUGUGAAGUACAGACUUGACUUUUUAGUUUUCUGACUCCAAAGACAUGAGAAAUGAAAGUAAGCCUUGACUUAAUAUUCCUUUGCUGAAUGUUUUCAGUAUUGCACUCAUUUCUUUCUAACACUAUAUUCCAUGUUCUAAUGUUCUAUUACAUUACAUCAUGUGAGUAGUUUGCUCAGAAAGUUCUUUCAUAGCUUGAACGAAAUCCAAAGUUCAUCCAAAAAUUUCAAUCAGUUCUCCUGCUUUUUUUUCUCUACAUGACUGGAUUACACGCAGCUAAAAAACAAUCUAAUCAAACAAGACAGUAAUAUCCUAAGCAAGGUGUAUCUCUAUUUAGUUACUAAUUUUCAUCCUAGUUGAAGACAGCGGGCUGGACUCAAGUAAAUUAUGUUCCUUGAAAGGAAAGAGAAUAAUACAAACGAUUUUGAUACUUAUACAGUUUCAAAAAGAAAAAAAGACCAUGACUUUAAUGUGAUUUAUUAAACAGUUAAAGUUUUUACAGUUUAAUAUGAUAAUAUAUAUCAUUAUCUGUAUAUACUGCAUGAGAAUCAUUCCUUAGAGUUUAUUUUUAGAAACAUGUCAUAAAACUAUGGAAAUUGGUGACUGAAAUGUAUAUAUACCCCUUGUAAUUGAUUAAUGUAUGCCCUCAAACCACUAACUGUGCGCAUUUACUGUAUG